GCCAAGCGUUCGGGCUGGCAGGCAGGCACGCGUGCACCGGCGCAGGUGGUCYGGCAGUCAGCAAGGCGUUAGAUUGGCGGAGGGGUAGACGGGCGGGCAGGCAGGUAGACAGGCAGGAAUGCACGGGGGGCUAGAAACCCAGCUACUGGUGACAGACUUGUAAGAUAGAUAAACACUUUUUGUGAAAGUUCAGAACCAUCCUGCCAAGUCUCGGUUCCGUCUGCAGCAGAACAUCCCAUUAGCCCGCAGACCGAGCCGACCGAUCGAUGCACCACUUAGCGGCUGCGAGGAACACAUCGCAGUCAUUUGACCUGCAGGAGCUGAGGGAAUGGGCGCACAAUCCAAUAAACAUCGAGCCGCUGAAACAACUGCGCCGGACUGACGGCUUAAGAAACUUCCCCGGGUAUCUGAGCCAUGCAGAAACACCUCGGAUCAGAGUCCCGCUCCUCGCCUCGCUGACCCAUGAAAGAAGCCAUGCCYGUCCUCACAGCAGGAGCAGGGCUUCAUGAAACACUGGCCCUGCUGACCUCCCAGCUGCGGCCCGACGCCAACCACAAGGAGGACAUGGUCUUCCUCAAAGACGUCUUCAGUGAGAGGAGUCUGGCGUACCUCAUGAAGAUCCACGAGAAGCUGCGGCAGUACGAGAGACAGAGUCCAGCGCCGAUCCUCCACAGCGCCUCCUCUCUGGCUGAAGAUGUGGCGGAGGAGCUGCAGGGAGGACCCAUGAGCACCGAGGAGAAGGAGCUGCUGCACCUGCUGACGUCACCGCACCUCAGAGCCGUGCUGUCGGUGCACGACACCGUGGCCCAGAAGAACUUCGAUCCGGUGCUGCCGCCGCUGCCGGACGACUUCGAAGACGAGCUGGACGAGGAGUCGGUGAAGAUCGUCAGGCUGGUGAAGAACAAAGAGCCUCUGGGAGCCACCAUCAGGAGGGAUGAAGCCACCGGCGUGGUGAUCGUAGCUCGGAUAAUGAGAGGAGGAGCAGCUGAUCGAAGCGGUUUGGUCCACGUAGGUGACGAACUCAGGGAGGUCAAUGGAGUCUCUGUGAUCCAGAAGAGGCCGGAUGAGAUCAGCCAGCUGUUGUCCCAAUCCCAAGGCUCCAUCACUCUGAAGAUAAUCCCAGCCAUCAAGGAGGAGGACCGACUGAAGGACAGCAAGGUGUACAUGAGAGCCUUGUUCGACUACACCCCACUGGAUGACAAGGCCACGCCCUGCCAGGAGGCGGGGCUUCCCUUCAAGCGGGGGGACAUCCUGCAGGUGGUGACGCAGGACGACCCCACGUGGUGGCAGGCCAAACGCGUGGGGGACAGCAACCUGCGGGCCGGGCUCGUCCCCUCCAAACAGUUCCAGGAGAGGCGACUGGCCUACAGGAUGAAAAUGGGCACGCUCCCCAAUCCUAAAUCUCCUAAAAAGCCGGCCUCUGAAGAAGGAUGUGACAGAG